AUCAAUCAACCCAACCCCCAUAAUCUCGGGACGCCUGGCCAAGUGAGAAAACCACCCAGUCCCUCCUCGGCCUUUCCGAUUCUUGAUUGCCCUUUGCCCUAGCUACCUCUCCCCGAUGAGAUAAUCGAUCUCGGUAAUGGUAUCCGCGCCAUCCGCCCCUCCCAUCCUAUCAUCAGGUUGGCGUCCGUCCAGCUGCAAUACGAUCCAGGUCCAGGAGGAGGAGCAGAGGGAGCUGCGAUGGUGAAGGACACCGCGUACUACGACACCUUGGGGGUCAGCACUGACGCCGCCGCCGCCGAGAUCAAGAAGGCGUAUUACCUCAAGGCCAAGAUGGUUCACCCGGACAAGAAUCCCGGGAACCCCGAUGCCGCGCGAAAGUUUCAGGAGUUAGGUGAGGCCUAUCAAGUCCUAAGUGAUCCUGCGAAAAGGGAGUCUUAUGAUAAGCGUGGAAAAGAAGGUUUAUCCCAGGAUAAUAUGAUUGAUCCAACUACUGUCUUUGGGAUGCUUUUUGGGAGUGACUACUUUCAAGAUUAUGUUGGCCAGCUUGCAUUGGCAUCCGUGGCUUCCGUGGAGAGUGAGGAAGAUUCGGGUAGUCCAGAGGCAAGGGCAAGGAUUCAAGAGAAAAUAAAGUUGUUGCAAACGGAAAGAGAGCAAAAACUUAUUCUGAGCCUUAAGAAUCGAAUUCAACCAUACGUCGAUGGACAGCAAAAGGAAUUUGGCGACUGGGCAAGUGCAGAAGCUGAACGCUUGUCUCAAGCCGCUUUUGGUGAGGCUAUGCUUCACACCAUUGGCUACAUAUAUGUUCGACAAGCAGCAAGAGAACUUGGAAAAAGCAAAAUGUAUAUGGGCGUGCCAUUCAUUGCUGAGUGGGUAAGGGACAAGGGCCACCAUGUAAAGUCACAGGUUAAUGCAGCUUCAGGUGCAAUUGCUCUGAUACAAUUACAAGAGGGGAUGAAAAAGAUUGAGGAUGGUGACAACAAGGAAGAGCAGAUACUGAAGAGUAUUGAGGAGAAAAAGGAUGCCAUGCUUAAUUCUUUGUGGAAAAUUAAUGUGGUUGACAUUGAGUCAACGUUAUGGCGUGUCUGUCGAGCAUUUUUGAGAGAGAAUGCUGUCUCCAAAGAUGUUCUCACGUUGCGAGCAAAAGGACUGAAAAAGCUGGGGACAAUAUUCCAAGGCGCGAAAUCACCCUACCAUCGCGAGAACAGCCUGCGUGUUGAACGUCGCACGGCGGAGGAGACGCCGUCGAACUGACCGGGACGGAUCCUGUGCCACCGGCGGCCGAGGCUUUUCCCCAGAGCACCGUCGAGAGUCCAUGGUUCUUUCUUGUGAUCUGUAUAAACGCGAGGCAUCAGGUCGAUUCAGGACAUCUUGUUGUGGUAGUACUAAUAAUAUUUCAGGCACUGUCUAUUGAUCUGAUCAGAAAAAUAUCAGCAAGUAUAGAUAUGGCUGCGAUCUGAACUCGAACCGAUGGCAUGUACUGUAUACUCCAACAUAAUGCGUACAAUCAACUUCGGAUA